GAAUUCCAAUAAGAAAUGCCAAUAAUAUUUAUGAUUUUUUUCAUAAACUAAAUCAAAGCUAUGCGAGAUCAGUUUUGCACCAGUAAUUCCACCAAAGAAAGCAAGGUAGAAGACAACCGCAGUACCGGCGAAGGGGCGCAGUACCGUCUUACCAGGCCACUGUUUCAAAGAUUUGAGAUUUCGUGCACACUCCCAUUCUUCUCCAGAUUUGAGAUUUCUGCUCACAUUCUCUGUUCUCUGCAAGAUGGGUGGGACCGAUGCGUGGGUCCCAAACCCUGCACUGUACAUCUUCCUCUUUGCAUCAUCUUUGCUAUCGAUAUGCUGUUUCCGGGUCAACUCCAGUGGCAGGGCGUUCAAUGUGUUUGACCAUUCACACUCAGCUUCCUUCUCUAACUCCAAAAGAAGCUUCCUUUUCCUAUUCUCCCUCACUUCAGUGAUAGAAGGAUUAUGGGCAGUGUUUGGGGAGAAUGAAAUGAUAUAUUAUGGAAUUAGCAAGGAUGUGAUGGUGUUGUGGAUGUGUCUUGGAUGUGCAGCUGCUCUCUUUGUUGGCUCCUUUUUGGGGGUACUGUCAGAUUUAAUUGGCCAGAAGAAACUGUGUUUGUUAUUUUACAUGGUGCAUCUCUUUGUAAUCAUUUGCAAGAAAGUUAUUGCGAAUCCCAGUCUUUGGAUUGCCAACGUCUGCCUCUCUCUUUCCUCUUCAAUUUUUCACUUCAAUUUUGAAACAUGGAUGGUAUUUGAGCAUGAAAAGCAAGGUCUCAGACGGGAUGCGUUAAAUGACAUGUUUUGGCUAAUGUCCUUUUGCGAAUCUGCAUCCUUUAUUGUUAGCCAAGCCCUUGGGAAUUGGCUCAUUGGUGGUAAUAAUUCAGGGUCAACCAUGAACUUGCUUCCCACUGCAGCUGCAAUACUAUCAAUUCUUGGUCUCAUGUAUGCCAGUCAAGGAUGGAAAGAGUUGCCUCACGCCGUCAAAUAUGAAGAUUAUAAAAUUAAAUUCCAUAAAUAUAUUUUAACUGAUAAAAGAGUAUGGUUGCUUUCAUGGGUACAAGCUUGCGUUCACUUCUCAAUCACAGUGUUCUGGAUUAUUUGGGCUCCAACUAUAGUGGGUGAUGGGAGAGAGGUUUUGCUAGGGAUGGUAUACCCUUGUCUCCUUGGUGCAAGAAUGCUAGGCAGCACUGCUUUUCCAUGGUUCAAUGGACCAUUAUCACUUCGGACUGAGGAAUACUUAGUAUACAGUUUUGUUGUUAUGGGUUCUGUUCUGUCCAUCAUAGCUUAUGACUAUCAGGAAAUUGAAACUCUUUUGGUACUGUUCUGUCUAUUCCAUGCUUGUUUGGGACUGGUUUUGCCUUCACUUGCCAGAUUAAGAACCAUGUUUGUACCAAAUGAAUGUCGUGCAGGGAUGAUGAGUUUAUCUCUAGCCCCAUCAAAUGCUGCACUCUUGUUCUUUCUUCUCCAACGAGGUUAUUAUCAUAACAUUGAAAAUUCAACGGUCAUAGCUAUGGGGGCUUUCGGACUUUUCACGGCAGCUAGUUGCAUGUAUAUGUUAAAGCAAUCAGGGAAGCAACCUCAUCAAAAUUGGCUGAAGUUAUGAAUAUGGUCACAAUUUUUCCAAGCCAUUGUUAAUGAUCCAUCAAAUUGCAUUUAGCAGUUUAGCACAGUUAUAGAAACAAAAAAAGUUGUUGUAGGUUGGUAUAUCCUGUUUAUUUCUUUAUUGGCCUUAGGGAGUUAGGGUUAAUAAGUAGUAUUUUCUUUAGUUAAUGUGAAUUUUGGUAAUAUUGGUUUUCCAUAUGAGAUAAUGGCCCCGUUUGGGUAAUGGUGUUUUUUUAACAAAACGCCGAUAUUUUUUAACAACAAACGCUGCAUUUUGCAG